AUGCCCACCCCCCUCACCCGCAGCACGGCCGACUCGUUCAACUCGGCAGCCACCAUCGUCCCCGACGACCGCAGACCCACCCGCGUCACCCGCUCUUCCGCCCGCAACCCCCCACCCGACCAUACCCUCUCCCUCAGCCAAUCCUCCUCCCAGGGGUGGCCGAGCCACUUGUCUGCCGGGAGACAGCUGGCUCCCGCCAACAGCUUUGAGCGACGGAUCAGUAAAGACUUGGGGGUCCAUGGAGGGGACGACGGGAUGAUUGGGCUGUUGCAGACGCAGGAUGUGCCAGAUGAGUCAGGGUGGAGUUUUCUGCGAGAUCAGUCACUAUCCCAAAAGACGGAACAAGACGAUAUGGCCCUCAGCCCCCGCUCCUCCUCUCCUCCAGUAUUCGGCCCCACCAUACUCCCACACGACCAACGUCACCCUGGCUAUCGUCAAACCUCCUACUCGAGCACAUCUGUAGCAUCGUCCUGCGAAAAUUCAGACCUAUACUCGACGACGGAUAUCGACACGGACGACGAAAGCUCGAGACGGCCGUCCAUCUCACAUAUGGGUGAUUUAGGAUUGGGGGAUAUCAGUCUGGAUAAUAAUGCGCUUCUGUCGGCACUACCCAGUCCGGCGGCAGAGAUGAGGUCGCCGUUGGGAUAUGGCGCGGCUGUUUCUCCGCAAAAUAUACACGGGGAUUCGCCGGUGGCUGGGUAUCAUUCGCCUGAAGUGGCAGACUUGCCGCAGAUGCCUAGAAUACUAUCGGGGCCGACGAGGACGGCGGGGAAACGGGCACCCAGAGGGCAAGCCGCGAAAGAUGAUGAGAUUACUCAAGCUGAAAAGCUCGAACACCGUCGAGAUAUAAACCGCCGCUCAGCACAAAAACAUCGGGCCCGCCGGAAAGAAGAGGCAGAAAUCAUGGCCAAGCUCGUCGCUGGCAAAGACGCCAGGAUCCGCCAGCUGGAGCACGAGUUGGCGGCGGAAAAGGCAAGGACGGAGCAGUUGAGGAGUAUGUGGAAUCAGAGGUUUGCGAAUAACGGCCCGGGGAUUUAG